AACUAAUCAGUGUUAAAGUCAAGGCAAACAACACAGGAAACGAAGUGGAGAUUCUGAGGAAAGAAGGAGAAGUGAGUCGAGUGGCUUUCUCAGCCUCCUUGAUGGACUCAGGUAGUGGAGACGUUGGACCAUUUAACGCACAGACGAAUCUGGUCUUCAGGCAUGUUGUAGCAAACAUUGGAAAUGCCUACAACCCARAUACAGGGUUUUUUAUUGCACCAGUGAGAGGAGUCUACCACUUUGAGUUCYUUAUCUAUGGAMAUGGACAUGCUUCACACGCUUCAGGUGCUGCGUUAUUUAAAAAUGGAGAACAUAUYGUUAUUGGAUAUGAACAUCAGKCUUCUCWCWGUGUUARKRSUGGUAAUAGUGCCACUUUGCUGUUAGAGGUAGGAGACGUUGUGUUUUUGCGUCAGUGGGAAAACUCAAGGAUUUAUGACAACCAAAAUCAUCACACAACCUUCAGUGGUCAUCUGCUUUUCACCAUGUGA